CUUAUACCAAGAGAUAUGACAACAGUGAAUUCAGCAUGGCAGCUUGUUGAGCGCAUGUGAGCAGGCAAAGUGCAGAUUCAUCACAAGCCAAGUGGGGAUAGAGUCGCCGUUUCACCUGCUCUGUGGCCUUGGGGGUCCGAACUUGAGUGCCACCCUGAGAGGUUUCCGAAGUAACGAGCGUACAGAUCGUCUACGGUGUCCAAGUUUUGCCUUAUCAUCGUGCAGUCCUAACAGCUGAACUUGGACGUUAGACUGCCUGUUGCAUCUGUUGAACAUUAACGUUAGACUUAAACCUAACCUGCUCGUUGAAGAUGUCUCGAGGAAGCAGUGCAGGUUUCGACCGGCAUAUCACGAUUUUUUCCCCCGAAGGUCGUUUGUAUCAAGUUGAAUAUGCAUUCAAGGCCAUUAAUCAGGGAGGGUUAACAUCAAUUGCUCUGAAGGGAGUUGAUUCUGCUGUCUGUGUCACCCAGAAGAAAGUCCCUGAUAAGCUGCUUGAUUCUGGAACUGUUACUCACCUGUUUAGCAUCACAGACCACAUAGGAUGUGUCAUGACGGGAAUGCCUGCUGAUAGCCGGUCACAGGUACACCGGGCACGUGUAGAAGCUUCCAAUUGGAAGUAUAAAUAUGGCUAUGACAUCCCUAUUGACAUGCUUUGUCGCAGAGUUGCUGACAUUUCUCAGGUCUACACCCAGAAUGCAGAGAUGAGACCUUUGGGAUGCAGUAUGAUGUUGAUUUCAUAUGAUGAUGAAUUGGGACCAUGUGUGUACAAGGCUGAUCCAGCAGGAUACUACUGUGGUUAUAAGGCAGCCAGUGUUGGUGUGAAGCAGAAUGAGGCAGCCAGCUAUUUGGAAAAGAAAUUCAAGAAACGUCAGGACUAUUCCAAAGAUGAAGCCAUUCAGCUUGCAAUCAAUGCCUUGUCAACUGUGCUGUCAGCAGACUUCAAGCCUACUGAGAUUGAGGUUGGGAUUACAUCAAAAUCAGAGCCCAAGUUCAGAACACUGACAGAGAAGGAACUGGAUUAUCACUUGACUGCAAUCGCAGAGAAGGACUGAUAUUGAUAUCAGCUUCAAAAACUUUGAACAGAAAUCUUGUGUGGAGUCAAUGUAUUCCUUGCCUAUCUCUGAUUAAAGAAAACCCAUCAAAAGUGGAAGGCAUUUUUUGCAUAAAAUUUGCUGAAGAAAA